GCAAUUAUCGACACGGGGUCCCAGCUGAAUGUGAUGACGGAACGCAAAAUGCACGAAUACUUACCAGGCUACGUUAUCGACACCUCGGGGGCAAUGCGCAUGACCGACGCAAGCGGACGGCAGACCCCAGUAGUGGGCAUAGUCAGGGACGUGGAGAUAGCUGUGGGGAGUCUGUCAUCACUCAUCGACGUAUACAUCAUCGACAGCAGACCAGAACCCAACAAGCCGGAGCCGUAUGAACUCCUGCUAGGACGUCCCUGGCAGAGAGGGAACCAGAUCUCGAUCGAAGAAAGAUCAUCGGGAACGCGCCUCCUAGUACCAAACCCG